AUGGAGCGUAAAAGAUCUCCUCGAGAUGCUCAUCGCCAUCAUAAAGGUGAAGGAGGAGUAGGUGCAGUCAAUCUUCCUUUCCUCCAUCAAUGGUUUAUAGAGCAUAUAGACCAUCCUUUUCCUACACAAGAAGAGGAGAAUGAGCUUGCCAUGAAGAUGAAAGCUAAUUUGCGAGAUAUUGAGACGAAGAUUGGCUUAUCGUCAUCAUCUGUUUCAUCAAGAGCCACAAAGCAAUGUCAAGCUUGGUUCAUCAACGCACGAAGCAAAAGUACUUGGACUGAGUUUUACCAAAAGUAUGCAUUCUCAGAAAAGGCAGUAAUGACAAAGUUGGUCUCAAUCCUGAAAGGUGAAAGUGAAAACACAAAUGAGACAACCGAUUCCCUUGCACGGCUUUGGUGGUGUGGCAAAGACGGUAAAACCAGAGGAUGGUUUGGAGAUUCGUUAAAGGAACAUGUUGCUAAGUGUAAAGAACAUUGGAUGAAGAUCAAAGAAUGGCAAGAACAGCCACAACGUGAGAAUGAUACCUGGCAAAAAGGUUCAAAGCCAUCAAGGAAAGAUUCCCGAAGAUUCUCGGAAGAAACUUUAACAAUCUUGUUGGAUGAAUAUGAGAGAAAUCCACAUUAUGAGAACCAUCUUGAUCGUGAUAGGAUCGCAAAGAAAACUGGUCUCAAGCCAAGGCAGGUUACUGUGUGGUUUCAGAACAGGAGGAGUCGUUCCGAAAAUCCACCGUUAAAGGAGGCAACGGAAAAGAGACGCAAACGUGAACAGGAUAAGUGUCAAGGUGGAGACAAGAAAAGACAUGCGCCGAUCAGAACAAAAUCCUCACAACGGUCUGUCAAUCAACCCGUACCUGCAUCGCCAUCGUUACCGGUGUAUGACGACGAUGUCGUUGCGCGAAUCGAUCGAGAUGUGCUUCAAUUGAGAGCGAUAUACAAUGAAUCAUUCUUUAAAGAUCUAGAUUUAUCUUCUCAGCGGUCUUCGAGUAUCCGUCAGGACCUCUCGCCAGAUAAGUAUUUGUUGGAGCCGGCAGCGCUUCCUGAGCCCACAUCAAGCGGCUCCAUGCUUCUAUCGCAUGACAUGUUGAUGAACGAACUUUAUUCGGCUCGAUCGCCGUUGACAUAUCUGGAUCCAGAUGCAGCAUCAUAUUUCGAAGCAACCAUACAUCAGGACCUCUCGCCAGAUAUGUAUUUGUCGAACUUUAUUCGGCUCGAUCGCCGUUGA